ACUAGUAAAGCAAACACGCACUCUCAAAACCGCAAUUGAUUUGCAAUGGCAGAUGUUUCAGUCAAAAGACCCAUCAUUACUCAAGUCAUCUUCGACAUGGACGGUCUCUUACUUGACACAGAGAAGUUCUACACUGAAGUCCAGGAAAAGAUUCUUUCUAGAUUUAAUAAAACUUUUGAUUGGUCUCUCAAGGCAAAAAUGAUGGGGAUGAAAGCAAUAGAAGCAGCUCGUGUCUUUGUUGAAGAGACUGGGAUCAGUGAUUCUCUUUCAGCCGAGGAUUUCCUUGUAGAAAGAGAGUCAAUGCUACAAAGUUUGUUUCCAACUAGUGAGCUCAUGCCAGGGGCUAGCCGUUUGAUUGAAAAUUUACAUGCAAAAGGAGUACCAAUUUGCUUGGCAACUGGAAGCCACAGGCGGCACUUUGAGCUAAAAACACAAAGACAUGGUGAGCUUUUUAAACUCAUGCAUCAUAUUGUUCUUGGUGAUGAUCCAGAAGUUAAAAAAGGGAAGCCAGCACCUGAUGUAUUCUUAGCUGCCGCUAGAAGGUUUGAGGCUGUGCCUAUAGAUUCCAAGAAAAUUCUUGUGUUUGAAGAUGCACCUGCAGGAGCUCAAGCUGCCAAAAAUGCUGGGAUGAAUGUGGUAAUGGUUCCAGAUCCAAGACUGGACAGCUCCCACCACGCUAUAGCAGACCAAGUUCUGAGCUCCUUAUUGGAUUUCAACCCAAGUGAGUGGGGUUUGCCUGCCUUUGAAAAUGCAUAAACCUUAAACUCCAGCACCUAAUUGAAAGGGGUUUGAACCCUAAACCGAUCAGAUUUCACACCUUGAUCAUUGUCUGGUUUAAGACAUUAUUUAUAUGCUUAUGAGCUUACAACGCUUUAGACGUUAAUCUCUGGACUAUUACGAAUUGUUUUCCUUCCAUUUAUGGUUUAUAAUAGAAAAGGGUUAACAAGCAAGUGUUUUGCUUUUCGGGAAAAGAUGAGAACGUACUCCUUGCAAAUGGAAGGUGCAUGUCUUGCUCUAUAAUUUU